GGGUACGGUCAUAUCGUUCCAAGAACUCCCGCUGGACGGAUAGCGAUUAUUUUUUACGCCUUAUUCGGCAUACCUCUUAUUCUCGUCACUAUUGCCGAUAUGGGGCGAUUUUUGUCAGGAGGUAUUAUUUGGGUACAUAACACAUAUCGGAAAUUUAUGGACUCGUGCUACGCUCAGUGUUGGAAAUGCAUAAAAUGUGUGUGUUGUAAAAUACGAAAGAAGCAUCCACGAAUACAGUUACUAUCCUUUACCUGUUUCGCUUUAAGAUGCCAACGAUCGAACUGCUUCCAAAAACAGCGACAUCUGUACGGGUCGGUUCGGCGGCCGCGGAAGACUCAUGACAAUCAGUCGGAUGCAGGAACUUUCGAAGACAUCUCCGAAAUCCACACGCAGAAUUCGGAACUCGGUGGUCCGCCGUCUGAAGACACUCGAGCGCAGGCCGACGAGCUGGAGCCAGAGAUUCCGCAUCACGAACGACGAGUUUCUGUGAUGUUCAUUCUCGUCAUCCAUGCUCCGCUUUUACAUUUUCGCAGUUAUAAUAGAUCUACAGUACGCUUCCACUGCUUGGCUUAA